UUACUUCCUCCAGCAGCAGCAGCGAGGAGGCCAACAAAGCACUACUUGGAAAUCAUUUGGAUUCACUUUAAAACCAUCAUUUGUCAUGGCAGCAAUCAGGAAAAAGCUGGUUAUAGUUGGAGAUGGAGCAUGUGGGAAGACCUGUCUCCUCAUUGUGUUCAGCAAGGACCAGUUUCCAGAGGUCUACGUGCCCACAGUCUUCGAGAACUACGUUGCUGACAUAGAAGUUGAUAGCAAACAGGUGGAGUUGGCUCUCUGGGAUACAGCCGGUCAGGAAGACUAUGACAGACUGCGUCCACUUUCUUAUCCAGACACUGACGUCAUCCUCAUGUGCUUCUCCAUUGACAGUCCCGACAGUCUUGAGAACAUUCCAGAGAAGUGGACUCCCGAGGUGAAACACUUUUGUCCUAAUGUUCCCAUUAUACUGGUGGGGAAUAAAAAGGACUUGCGUAACGAUGAGCACACCCAGGAGCUUGCCAAAAUGAAGCAGGAACCUGUGAAACCAGAGGAUGGACGGGACAUGGCGAAUAAGAUCAACGCCUUUGGAUACAUGGAGUGUUCUGCAAAAACAAAGGAUGGCGUGAGGGAAGUCUUUGAGAUGGCCACCAGGGCUGCACUACAGGCCAGGCGGGGGAAAAAGAGCAGUAAAUGUGUCCUGCUGUAAACCAGUGCACGAGUGCGGCUUCCUACGGGGGAAAGAAGGAGCAUUAGGUCGAACCUAAUCCCCCAACACACCCAUGCAAAAGACUGUUCUCUCCAGUUUUUACUAAAGGUGUAAUGCUUUUACUUUUCUUUGUCAUAAGCAAAUGUAGUCUGGUUGUCAGUAUUCAAGUUUGAGGUAAUGGGAAACUACUUUUUUGUACUUUAACACAAGUAAAUUUUUCAUAACGAAAAGCUCCUUUAUCAACAUGUAAUCAAAGAGGUCAGCCAUGUUGUGUCAUACCUGCCAACUACAGUUAAGUGCUUAAGCCCUGCUUGCUGAUCUGAGGAAUGUUUCCACACAGCCAACCAGGGUGAAGUACCUGUACACUGUGACCAGUAGUCCUUUUAAUUUUACAACAAAGUGAUGCACACAUUGAAGUUGAAAUUUGUCUGUGCGCUUCAUAUACAAAUCGAAUGUGCAUUAUGAUCACUUGCACAUUAUGAGACUGGAAACUCAUUUUUGUUAAAAAAAAAAAACGCAAAUGGAAACUUAGUGUUUUGUGUAAUAAAUUUCUUUGUAAGAA